GGGCAACUGUUGUUUACAUUGAGAAAUGUUGUGAUGAUUAGGAUGAUUAGUGAUGCUUCAUAACCCUCUUCAUACGAUAAAAAUCAAAUUAAUUGUGUGAAGAGAGGGUGCAGACCGUUAUUAGACGAAUAAAGGUGUUAUAGGCUUUUUGAUCAUUUAAUAGUUGCGGAAAUGGUGAGGAGAAAGGCAGAGGCGAGGAAGUCCGGGGCGAAUUCGAAGUCUCAGAAUAAAGGAAAAUCUAAGACGGAAACGCUGGUGAACCGCAGACGUAGAGUUAAACCAGGUGUCAAAGCACUGCAAGAGAUAAGACAACUCAGGAGGUCAACCAAAUUGCUCAUACCCAAACUACCAUUUUCGAGGCUCGUUAGAGAGAUCAUUCGUGAUCUCUUCCCCAGGGAGAACAUUGAUAGUUCUAUGAGCAACAAUAGGAAUGAUCUUCUAAACUGCCUCUCUGAAUAUUUAACAUUGAUUGAAGAAUGCAAGCCACAGCACUGGAAGCACUUCAAGAAGCAACUGAAACCUACCUAGUACAAUUCUUCGAGGACUCAAUACUUCUCGCAUUCCACUGUAGACGAGUAACCUUGAUGCAACGUGAUAUGGUACUAAUGAGAAGACUCCGAGGGCGUGAUGACGUUAUCAACAGAUAGCCGAAAAUACUUCAUACAAUGAUUGCCAUAAAUGUUUUUACUGAGCCAGACGUACGUCAUGACGAAUACAGCAGUGAAAUGAUAAAACCUAAGUCAUAUCAAUUAUUUCAUCUCGAAAGCAAAUCAUUUUUUUUAAAAGGGACUUUCGACAGUCAAAAGUAUCUUCUUUCUAUUAAACAAAACCGGCGGCUUCAGACAUUGAUUCACCGCACUAAAGAAAUAUUGAAGUCAAUUAUCACUUGAAUUCUGAAUCAAUCCAGACGAGGCAUUGAUAUGGGCAUAAUAAAUAUAGUUUUCUACGUGUGCUUACAUGCAAAGUCACGAUGAAAUCACCACUAAGUACAAAAAUCAAUGAAUCCUUUUGUAUAAUCUUUGAUUAUGAUUGUAUAAAAAAUGAAUGUACAUUGAAAAUUAUGUUGAAUACUUGAUCUAGUGUCUAACGAGUAAAUAAUUUUUUUAAUGUGAAACCGCAACAUUAUACUUAUGACUGUCGCAUGUAGUACCAACGGCGUGAAAGAAUUGAACGACCUUAAUACAUUUUGGAAAAUAAUAAAUGGAGUAUAAAAAUUA